GGCGUUUAAAUGUCCCAACCUGUAGUAUUGUUUCUACAAUUGCAAUUUGUUUUUAGGUGGAAUAGAAUUAAUAUUUCUGUCAAGCUGCUAACAGUCACAGUUUACAUAGGCAAAAAUAUUGUCUUGGUAUAGACAAUUAUGUGGAAGAUUGGACGUUUUACGUGGCUAUGUUUAAUAGUCAUACAUCUGCUGGUAAAUACAGAAGCGAAAAAUGAACGUUUUAAACGUUUUAUAUCAAAACUAAAGAGACAAGUGACUACAAGCGAGUGUCAUAACUUCGAAUGGUCAAUAUCAUCAAUUACAAAGUACUACAGUUGCUGCAACGAGGAAAAUCUUCAAAACGGGAGUACUUGCACAAAUAGGCUUAAUUCUACAUCUUCAAAUUUUGAGUGUAAUCCUUUUGGUAAAGAAAUCUACAAAAAGAAUACAACUUCGGAAUUUAAUUGCGGAAGAUGCGAAGGCAAGAAAUGGGCGAUGGAAAAGUGUAACUCCAGAUGGAAACUAGCUGGAAUUGAUACGACUGACGGAUGCUGGAUAUGGUCUGCGUGUUUCAAAGGCGCAUGCGAUGCGCAAGAAGCGGCCUAUUUAGAUGAGGAUAAAAGUGUACCUCAAGAAACCAACUUCUGCGGUGAUGGCUUCUGUAUAAAGUCAACCGGCGAGACAGUGGACAACUGCCCUAUCGACUGCUGUCCUGAGGUAAACAGCGCAUGCUCUGUAACGUCGGAAAAGUGUACAGAACCGUGCUGUAACGAAAGUGGUUGCUGUAUCACGAGUUCUAGCAUAAUCUACAUAGCCAUUAUUUGUGGAGUCGUAGUUCUGAUCAAUUUGAUUUGCUGUUGCUGCUGUUUCUGUUGCUACCGUAAGAUCAAACUGGCAUGUGGAUUUACUAAAAAACUAAAACCAAGCAUCUCCUUAGACAAUCUCUCUCAAAGGCAUCCAUCUCCAAAAUCUCUGGGGAGUAAAAACCAUUCUCCUGCUGCAUCAUUAGGUAGGAAAGGGUCUCCCCAAUCCAGUCUAGGAUAUAAAUCGUCUCCAAAGUCUCUGGGAAGUAAAAAUCAUUCUCCUGCUUCCACGUUAGGCAGGAAAGCGUCCCCACAAGCCAAUCUAGAAUAUAAAAGUAAUUCUUUGGCAUCACUAAAUAAGAAAGUAUAUUACGUAUCUAGGGGUGAUUAUUCUCCGAGACCUUCCAAAAAGAGUAGCUCAUUAACCUCGUUGAACACGAAAGGCUUGUCGCGCUCAACUCAGUCAAUCGACCGUAUUAAUUUUUAAGACCAGUUUAUUCUACUUACUUAACUACGAUUCCUUGCGUGGGUUCUGGCUCUAGUUCUAGUGGGCAAAGCCAACCACCUAAGGACGGGGGUUUUCCUACAGUAUGUGAGCCAAUUAACGUCCAGCCGGUGCCUCGGCGGUAGUGUGGGAUGCAGGUACGAGCUCUAACGGGGUCAAAGGGCAAUCCCUCUUGAAACUAAUAUAUUCUAACAUGUAAAUAAUAACUUACGGUACAUUAUCUUUUCGAGGAGUGGUUUUUAAGAUGGAUUCUCAAGAACAGGAUCGCUGUCUAGUAUAGGUGAUCAGUUUAGGAAGAAACGGUAUAAUAAAGCAUUAUUUGUUUUUUUUUAUACCUCUCUGGUUCUGGUAGAAUUUCAUUUUGGGAUAUAACUUUUUCCCAUCAUGACAGUAUUUUAAAGAUGCAGGAUAGAGUCAAGAGUGUUGAAUACAUUUAUGUAUUGUAUAACAUUAUGAAAUAUUUGACUUAUUCCUAUAAUAUGUUAAGUUUGUAUAAUGCAUAUACAUUGCAACAUUUUAUAUGCGAAAUAAAUAUUGUUAUAAAUGUACCGAAUUUAUAAGAUUUUAUUAGUGCAUGGUGUUCUCAGAUAAGAUAGUAUACUCCAAGUAUCGAAAUGCACGCCGUGGUGUUCUCUAUAUACUUUCUGCGAUAUUUUCAUAUAUUUUUUAGAGAUGUUCAGGUACCAAAAGCUUAUUUGAAUAUGUAAUCGAGAGCACUUAAUGUAGGCCUAUUAAAAAGUUGAUGUUUUAAGAUGAACCGUACAAAUAUUCUAUUAAAAACAGUUUUUCGAAGGAAGUUAUUGUGUAAAGUAUGAUAUUUUAUUAUAUUUAAACUGUGGGUAUUCGUUUUGUAUUUAAUGUAUAUUAAUCAAGGUGUAGUGUAGAAUAAAAUUGUUGCCCGUGUAAAGACGUUCCAAGGUUCUAUUUUAUACUAGGUAUGUUAACAUGUACAGUACUUAGAUUGAAAAUAUAAUAUUUUGUGCUAUUUCAACUUCGGGUAUUCGUUUGUACUUAAUGUUUGUACUUAAGGUGUAUAGAAUGAAAUGGUCGUCUUUACCAACUUCCUACUGUAUGUAAGCUAUGUUAUUGUACAUUAAAUUAAGAAAUAUAAUUAUGAUGGCGUAAAAUAAAAUAUUUAUUGCGUUUUAAUUGUAUAAAAUAUAAUUUGUAAAUUUGGUGUUUUUAUAGUUUUUACUCAUUCCUUAACUAUGUUUAAGUGGUCAUUUUGUUUAUAUCAUUCCAUAUUUUAUAUCUGGCACUUUUCUAUGGCCUUGUAUCUUGUAUGUACUAUAUGUGAUUUAUGCAUAAUUGUUGAUAUUUCGAUAGUUGUGAUCUCAGUAUCUAGAAGACUUGAAACAGAGAAGCAGAUGGGGGUGGGGGAGGUAGACCGGGGAUCGAUGAUUAAGUGAGGUGGCGCUAGGUCACACAAUAAGGUGAUAUGAAAUAAUUUCUAGCUACUUGAGUGUUAUUUUUUUGGCUCCAGGCAUAUUCAACAGGGCGCGACUAGGUGGCGAGCUUUUGUGUGCGGGUAGCUGCGUCGCCUCUCCCCCCGCACACCUAGAUACGCCAAUGUAUGAUAUUUGUAUAACAGAAAUAAUGGAUUCACAGAUAGAUUAUAGCCUAUGUUUUAUAAAUGUUUUGUGUUAGUCCUUAUGUAGGCCUAUUGGUCGAUAAGCCAAAUGAGAAUACUAUCUGUACUGUAUACCUCAAAAAUAGCUUAUUUGAAAUGAUCAAAUAAAUGAUAUGUAUAAGCUUCCAACGAGAUAUAGAUUUUAAAAGAAAAAAAAGUAGUUUUUACCGAUUUACAGAUAUUUUACUGCCAAAAAAUACUUAAAUUGAUUACCAGCCAAUUUCGUAGGCAAAGAAUAGAUGAAAGGUAUUAUUUUUAACUAUCUGAACAUUGACGAGGGAUUUUAUUUUUAAUUCAAAUUUGUAAGUAUUUUAAGCCAAUAAAUUUAUACUUAAAUAUACAAAUUAAGCAAUUCAAAUGUGGAAUAAAUUUUUAUUUUUUUUAGUACAUCUUUAAGUAUUCAUCGGAGUGAAGGAAUUAAUAAAUAAAUAACGAACAAGAUGUUGCUUCAUUUGGUAGUGAUUUUUCUCAUCGAUAGUAAUGUUAUAUAGGCCUACUCUAUAUAAAUGUAUAGGCUGUAAUUAUGAUAAAUUAAAAAAUUGAUUUCAAAUUAUGUUAAGUCUUUAUUUGAUUAUUUACAUUAUUCAGUAUAUUUAUAGGUUUUUAUCAAUAGGAAAUUAUAACAUAACAUUAAUAAUAACAAUAACAAUAAAAGUAAUAAUAUCAA